CGUAUAAAAACUGUCCGAUGCUCUACUACGACACAUUCAAAUUCAGCUCCCCUUUGUGUGAAGUCACAAUCAAACCCUACGAAAUGGCUUUCAAGUUCGUAGUCCUGUUAUGCGCCCUCGCAGCGGCCCACGCUGGCGUGGUCGCUCCCGUGACGUACACAGCUCACCCCGCACCAGUAGCUUAUGCCGCUGCCCCAGUUGUACACGCUGCCCCAGUCGUACACGCCGCCCCCGUCGCCUACUCAGCGCCCAUCGCUAAAGUUGCCCAGGUCGAAGAAUACGACGCGCACCCGCAAUACAGCUUCGCUUACGAUGUACAAGACGGUCUCACCGGUGACUCCAAGUCCCAGCACGAGACCCGCGACGGCGAUGUCGUCCAGGGCUCAUACUCGGUCGUCGACCCCGAUGGCACCAAGCGCACUGUGGAGUACACAUCUGACCCUCACAACGGUUUCAACGCUGUCGUACACAGAGAACCCAUCGGUGCCCCCAUCGCUAAAGUUGCUGCCCCAGUUGUACACGCCGCCCCAGUUGUACACGCUGCGCCCGUUGUACACGCUGCACCCGUCGCGUAUUCCGCACCUAUCUACCACCACUAGAAACUUGAAAGCCGCUAGUCAAAAUGAAAAGUAUUAAAUUAU